CUCCUACCAGAGUUAUCCAGCAUCCCUCAGCAAGUGAGACUGUCAACUAUGACGUUAAGGCUUUUGGAUCCUCUCUGCCUGUUAAGGUUAUGGAAGCCCUAAAGAAGGCUGAUGCUAAUGACCAGCUGAGCGUUCAAGUGGAUGAAAGUGGAUGGGCCUGGCUAGUCCAUAAAGAGAGGCUGAUUAUUUGGAAGAUUGGUCAGUCUCCAGUAGCUAAGUUAUCUCUGUGCAAGGAACUGCAGCUGCCACCCAGUGACUUCCAGUGGAGUUCUAGUUUAGCAGCUAUAUCUUGUCUCAGUUCCUCAGGUGAAGCACCUUCUCUGCAGUCUCUGGCAAUAAUGGUUGCUACCAGUGAAGGUUCUGUGCGCUACUGGCCCAAUCUUGCACAUGAAGGUUCCUAUACAGAGACUUUUACAGACUUUGGAGGCUCUCUGUGCAGUUUCCUAACAUCAGUAAAGGGAGGAAGCUUUGUUUUAUCAUCUUCUAGAGGCCAGCUAGUUCGACUGAUACCGGAUAGUUCUGGCAAGAUUCAUCAGCAUGCCCUGCCUCAGGGUCAGGGCAUGUUUUCUGGAAUUGGUAGAAAGGUUUCUUCUCUUCUGGGUAUAUUGUCUCCUGGACAUGAUGCUGUGAUUUCUAGCGUUCUUUGGGAUAAAGAGAGAUCAAGCUUUUAUAUGUUAACAAGUUCAAACCUAAACAAAUGGGAGAUUGAUGAUUCAUCAGAACGUUAUAUUCUGAGCUGGGAUAUCAACAGGAUCCUGAAAGAACAUAUUACAGAUGCAAUUUGGGGUUCUGAAAGUAACUAUGAAGAUAUUAAAGGAGGAGUGAAUGUACAAUACAUGGAUUUGCAACAGAAUCGUGAUGGACUGGUGAUACUUGCUGCAGCAUGGCAUCCUGGAGAUCAUCCAUGUCUUGUCUACUACACUCUGAUAACUGUAGAAGAUAAAGGCUACCAGAUGUCUGAUGAUGUUGUUGUGGAGGUCACACAGUAUAAUCCGUCUUUUCAGUCAGAAGAAGAAGUGUUGUGCUGUCUGGUAGUCCCAGAUUACUUUAGCCAUGCUGCUUACCUGUAUAAGGAAGAUGAAGUGUUUGCUUGUUCCACUGGAACUGGAAGAAUUUCUUUACCACAGGAGAAAAUAAUAUUUGGCAUACAAGGAGACAGCAUUUUAGGAGCAGGUUCCUGUACUGGUCUCCCAAUUUUCUUUACCAAAAAAAGUGGACUUAUUGCCAUCUUGUCCAGGGAAAACAUUUCUGUGCUUCCUGAAGACCUUGAAGAUUCCUUGUCCUCUUCUGUUGCUGGACCAAGAAGUGAGAGUCCUGCGUUUGACACAACCAGUAGGCUAGAAAUUGUAGCUCAAGAAGAUAAGACUAAAUUACUGAAAGCUGCUUUUCUACAAUACUGCAGGAAAGAUAUAGUCAAUGCACAAAGCAUGGUAGUUGAGCUCUUUCCAAGUAAUACAGAUCUGGAUUCUGAUGCUGAACUGGAUAGGGCAGUGACCCAAAUCAGUGUGGAUUUAAUGGAUGACUACCCUGCCUCUGAUCCAAGAUGGGCUGAAUCUGUACCUGAAGAAGCAGCUGGUUUCAGCAACACAUCUCUCAUUCUUCUUCAUCAGCUAGAGGAUAAGACAAAAGCACAUUCCUUCUUCAUUGAGUUUCUUCAACAGGUCGGUGUAUUUGAACGUCUGGGCAGUUUUCCAGUAAGAGGGGUGCAGAUGGCAACUCGAUUGUUGCUCUGUGAGCAUGCAGAGAAACUAGCAGCAGCUAUUGUUCUCAAGAAUCACCACUCCAGGCUGCCUGAUCUAGUGAAUGCUGCUAUACUAAUCGCAUUAAACAAAAGGGAGUGUGAUGUUCCAACAAGUCUUACCCCUGCAGAUGUGUUCUUUCGAGAGGUGUCCCAGAUAGAUUCCAUCUUUGAAUGCUUACUAGAAGAAGAAGAACAAAUCCUGAAAGAUAUGCCUAUUGAGUCAGUUGAGUGGGCCCAGAUAGUUGUCAAUGUGAACAAUAUCAUUAAGGACAUGUUACAAGCUGCCUGUCAGUAUCGUCAAUCUAGAGCUUCUUCAUAUAAAACAGGAGAGCUCCCAGAAAGAGAACCUGAAUAUAUUCCAUGGACAGCAUCUAGCAGCCUUCGUGCAACAAUAAUACAUCAGCAUGGAAUCAUUCUGAAGAUGGUGUAUCCCCAGGUGGACAGUAACCUCCGUAGUAUUGUGGCUGAACAGUUGGUGGCACUACUGGAUUGUUUCCUAGAUGGCUAUGUUUCUCAGCUGAAAUCUGUGGACCGCCCCGCUGAUCAAGAGCGAUACAGCAAUCUGGAAAUGGAAUAUGUGCAGAAAAGAUCGGAACUCUUAUCACCCCUCCUUUCCCUGGGACAGUAUCAGAUGGCUGCCGCUUUAGCAGAGAAGUACUGUGACUUUGAUAUCCUGGUGCAAAUGUGUGAGCAGACGGACAACCAGGCCAGAUUACAACGUUACAUGAGUCAGUUUGCAGAUCAGAAUUUUUCAGAUUUCCUGUUUCGCUGGUAUCUAGAAAAAGGAAAGCGAGGGAAGCUGUUAUCUCAACCUAUUGCUCAGCAUGGACAGCUGGCCAGUUUCUUGCAAGCUCAUGAGCAUCUGAGCUGGUUACAUGAAAUCAACAGUCAGGAUUUGCAAAAGGCUCACAGAACGUUGCAAACUUUGGCGAAUAUGGAGACCCGGUAUUUUGCAAAGAAAAAAACACUUCUUGGCUUGAGCAAAUUAGCUGCGCUGGCAUCUGACUUCUCAGAAGACAUACUGCAAGAGAAAAUAGAAGAAAUAUCGGAGCAGGAACGCUUUCUGUUACAUCAGGAGACGCUUCCUGAACAAUUACUGGCAGAGAAACAGUUGAACCUCAAUGAUAUGCCAGUGUUGUCUGCAUCUCAGCUCAUUGAUAUGUACAUAUGUGAUGAGAACAGAAGGGCCAAUGAGUAUGACUUCAAGAAGGCACUUGAUUUGCUGGAGUAUAUUGAUGAGGAAACGGAAGUGGAUGUAAAUGAUCUUAAACUUAAAAUUCUCUGUAAGGCUCUCCAAAGAGAUGGAUGGUCCAGUUCAGAUGGUAAAGAUGAUCCAAUUGAAGCAUCUAAAGAUAGUAUAUUUGUGAAGAUAUUACAAAAACUGUUGAAAGAAGGAGUUCAGCUAAGUGAAUAUUUACCGGAGGUGAAGGACUUGCUGCAAGCGAACGAACUGGGCAACCUGAAAUAUAACGCUUACUUCGAAUUUGUGUUAAAGGCAAACUAUGAACUCUAUGUUCAGGGACAAGCAUGAUUCUUGCUAUCUUUUCUAAAUAUUUUUUCUAAAGAACUGUUAAAUUCAUGUAUACUUUUUUACAUUCUGUUUGGGGUUUUUUGCUAAAACUUUGUAAUAAAAUCUAUAUGAGUAAUAUACUUGGUCUUAUAUUUAUAGAUGUUGACACUUUAGUCAGGGGAGGCAGAGGUGUGUUUUCAGGCAAAAGAAAAAUAAUGAUUUCAUUUUCUGUGCCUUUCCUAAACUUGCUGUUUCCUUUUAUAUAUUCGUUAGUAUGAGUCCUGCCUGCAGCUCAGAUACAGAUACACAGGGUGAAAUGUGGGACCCACUGCAGAAGGUGGAAACUUUUGCUCUCACCUCACUGGGGCUGUGGUUUCAGUUCAGAGAACAUACUGAAAACAUGAAUGCUGGGUGACUCACUUAAGAGACAAAUUAUAAUUCUAUAAGAUUACUCUGUACAAUGCUUUUUGCUGUAGAAACUAGGUCAUUUCAAUUCUGCCUUAAAGAUUACUGGCACAAAAAGCCAAACUGGGUUGUCACUGGUCACUCAGCUUGUCUGUGACAGAAAGGAAUAAAGCACAGUUCUCAUUCAAAGUCCCCUGGUCCAGUAAAUACACCCUUCUUUCAGUUUAUAUCUGUAGAUUAAACUUAUUCAAAACAUUUUCAUAUUUAUUUAACUUUCAUUUAAGUGACAUCCAAAUUUCUAGAACACAUAUGAAAAUGAAAUUAAGGGCUCACCAUGCAGUCAUUCACAGCAACUGCUUGAACCUCGAAAGCAGUUAUGGAAGUGUGGGAGUCCAGCAUGAGCUUCCUUACUUGAUCUUCCUUACGAGCUGAUGCUACUAAUUAUUUCUACCCCUGCUGUCCCAAUUAGUGAUCUCUGACAUGGGAAUUAAGAAAUAAUCCAUUUAUCUUUUUACUUUUAAUUAUUGAUUGGCAGCAGAUUUUCAUCUUUAAAUAAAAGUUACUUUAGUCUGACAUGCUGCACCGUUCUUUUGCAAGUAGCUUGCCAGCCAGAGAGUGAAUGCAGAGCAACUUGUGUGCCCUUAUGUUUUACUUGUCUGGCUCGAUGCCUGCUGCAACAACUUGAUCCAACAGCUGAGAAGGUCAGAAGUUAAAUUGGUUGAAGAGAAUCCAGUUUCUAGUUUUAAAAGCACAGCUCCCCUUCCGUGGCUUCCCCUGCUCCCUGUACUAAUACAGUAAGCUGGGCUGAGAGUCUGAACAUGUUUGGAAGAAUAGAUUUAUCUGGAGAGGUUCUAACUAAUAUGGGAAAGAAAUGCACUAGCAGUCAUCUUCUAAGAUUGUUCUAAGAAGCGAACUUUGCUCUUCAGCAGCCUUGUGUGGCUGAGAGGAAAGUGUCGGUGUAUCUCUCAGCUGCGGCUGCAAAGGAGUGGCGUGAGUCAUUUAAAGGCUUAGAAGAAUUCUACAUGCUUGUUAAGAUGGCACUUUAAAGGUGGUUUCACGUUAUUGAUAAACUUAACAUUUUGAGAGAAAGGGAAUAAUCCAAAUUAUUUCCCCCUCCUGCUGAAAUAUAUUCUACCUGAAAUUUUUACUAGACUCUUAAACUUCGUGUGAAGAAUCUGUAAUUGACUGUCUGCAGUAAGCCACUUCGGGGAUAUCUCAUUCCUUCUUAGACUGUCAACCACCUGUAUCCUGUCAGGAGCGGCAGGGGAAGCCCUGGAAGUCUUGCUCCAGGAGCAGCAGUUUCUGUUCACCCUUAGCUGUCCAUCUGAGAGUGCCUGGCUUCUCUGCUGGCACGGGUUUAUUCCAGCUGGUGUAAAAGCAUUCUCCAGGUCCUUGGUAAAUGAUCAGCCGUGUAGGCUUUGCAACUAAUGUUUUAUUCUACUGCUGGGUUGGGAGGCAUUUGGCAUUUGUACAACGGCUUUCCAUCCGACUAUUGCCAAAACAGAAGGCUACAGGCAGUGAGUUUACUUAAAUAAAACCUCAUUAAAAUAACUUCUAUGUCUAAACUGAUGUUUAAUGUUGUUGUACGAGGAAUGUUGAGCUGGUUCACUAUUCUGUUGGGAAGCUUGAAGAGGCUGGGAUUUGGGGCUAUUCCUCUUCUCCGUCCUCUGCCUCAUGAUGCAAUAAGCUGUUCUGGUGCAGAAAUCCUGUCUCAUAGUUACUGUACAGGGAGGAUGCCUUCAUUUACCACUGCACAUCAAAGGUCACGCCAGAGC